AUGGCGAGUGAGUUCACAAAGCAAGCAAAUGCCAAAGUAUUCUCCGAGUUGGACUUUAACGACAAACGAGAUUUUGAAAACGCAGAGCGUGGUUUUAUAGCGACUUACCCGGAUGAAUAUAUCCCAGGCAAGGACUACAACUCUAUGUGCUACAACUUCAAGAUGACCGAAUUUUUAGACAAAGAAUGUCCUGAGACAGUGAACCCCUCGUUGUGGAGACAGUGUCAGUUAAACAAGAAACAUGGUCUAUUCGAAGUUAUCAAAGGGAAGUUGUACCAAAUCCGUGGCUUUGAUAUAGCGAACAUGUCAUUCAUCAGGGGAAAGAGUGGGUGGAUAGUUGUUGACUGCACCUGCACCAAUGAAGCAGCCGCAGCUGGUCUGGCCUUAUUGAAAAAGCAUAUAGAAGACAUUCCCGUCUCCGCAGUUAUCAUCACACAUAGUCAUGGGGAUCAUGUUGGUGGGUAUGCCGGGGUCAGUGAUGGGUCAGUGAAAGUCUACCAACCAAAGAAUUGCUUAAAAGAGUUAGUAGAAGAGAACUUACUCACUGGCAAUGCUAUGGACAGGAGAAGUAUCUUUAUGUAUGGCCAAAACCUCCCAAUUAACCCACUUGGGAUGGUCGGGUGUGGACUUGGACACCAACUUUCACAUGGGGUGAAUAGUUUCCACAAUCAAUCAUCGUGCAUUGAAGUAGAAGGUGAGAAAGAAUUGGAAGUCGAUGGUAUCAAAAUCCAAUUCAUUGAAACACCUGGCGCGGAAGCCCCAUCAGAAUUUGUAUUUUAUAUUCCCGAGUUCAAGGCAUUCUGCCAAGCGGAAGAAGUCAAUCACUUGAUGCAUAAUUUAGUCACACUCCGUGGUGCUAAAGUCAGAAGUGGCCAAUUGUGGUCAUACUAUAUCGACCAAAUCAUUGAGAAGUUUGGUGAUGAUGUCGAAAUCAGUUUUGGGUCACACAACUGGCCCGUGUGGGGGAAUAAAGAGAUUGUCGAGUUCUGGGAGAAGCAGCGCGACUUAUACAAAUUCGUCCAUGACCAGACCAUCCGUUAUAUCAACAUGGGCUACACUCCCAAUGAAAUUCCAACACUCGUGAAGUUACCAAAGAGUCUAGAAAAGGAGUUUUACUGUCGUGGAUAUUAUGGUACUUUAAGUCAUAACAUUAAAGCACAGUACCAAUUGUAUCUUGGAUUUUAUGAUGGUAACCCUGCAUCACUCGACCCACUUGCGCCAGAAGAAAUGGGUAAGAAAUACUUGGAAUGUUUUGGUGAGGAGAAAUUGAUUGAAAUAGGGAAGAAGGCGUACACUGAUGGAGAAUAUCGAUGGGGCGUUGAGGUAUUGAACCACGUCAUUUUUGGCAACCCUAAAAAUGUUGAAGCGCGAAAGGUCUUAGCAGACAUUUAUACACAACUUGGAUACGCACAAGAGUCUGCAGUGUGGAGAAAUAUCUAUUUAACUGGGGCGUUUGAAAUUAUGGGAGAAAAGGCAAAGGAAUUCAAGGCCAAUAACACGGAGAAUUUGAGUAUUAUUGUUGCUCUGACAUGUCCACAGCUCUUCGAAGUGAUGUCUACAAAUAUAGUUCCAGAAAGAAUAGUCGACCAGAGUAUGAUUAUCAAUUUCACUUUUGUUGAUACAAAGGAAGUUGUCUGUUUAGUUGUUAAGAAUUGUGUUGUCAAUGUAAGAACUACACUAAGCAAAAAAGCUAAUGUUAGUCUAACUUUAACUAAAAUGGUGUUGCUUGGUGUCAUUGCCAAAAAGGUUGAGUUGAAGGGAUUGGUGAUGAGUGGCAAAGUCAAAUGUGAAGGUGAUCCAAGUUGCUUGAUGAGACUCUUUGGCUCGGUCUCAACACCCGAGAGAAUAUUCAAUAUUGUUGAACCAUAA